ACUGACAGCAACCGUCCUUCCGCAGUUGUGCGUGUUGCUGGAAAAAACACCCGCUCUGAGAGAUGUGCGCCGACCGCCGGUCACGCAGAAUCCAGCAGCGGAGAGUGAUACCGCCCUGAUCUCAAGAGUAUUUUUGUGCGGAGCAAGUGGUGAAACAAAACGGUCCUGGCGGUUUGGAGCACCGUGACCGCCACGACUGAGUCCCGCCUCCGAGUUCCCACAGACGCCGGGCAGACAAGUCGCGGCUCCAGGAGAGCGGCCCCUCGCGGCCGCCGGGACUCGUCAUAUCCGUUGCCGCGCGCGGCCUUACGGGUCCGUUCGUUGCCGUAGCGACGGAAGCCUCCUCCUCCUCCUCUUCCGGCUUCGCAUGGCGCCGUCUCUUCCGGUGCGGGGAGUAAUAUGGGGACAAUACACCUGUUCCGCAAAUCACAGAGAUCAUUGGUUGGAAAGUUAACACAUGAAUUUAGGCUGGUUGCAGCGGAUAGGAGGUCCUGGAAGAUCUUGCUGUUUGGUGCUAUAAAUUUAGUAUGUAUUGGCUUCCUGCUGAUGUGGUGCAGCUCUACAAACAGCAUAGCUUUAACUGCUUACACAUAUUUGACAAUCUUUGACCUUUUCAGUUUAGUAACAUGUCUAAUAAGCUACUGGGUAAUGAUGAAGAAACCCAGCCCAGUCUAUUCAUUUGGGUUUGAAAGGUUUGAAGUUCUAGCUGUAUUUGCAUCUACGGUUCUGGCACAGCUUGGUGCUCUUUUAAUACUGAAAGAAAGUGCAGAGCGGUUUCUGGAGCAACCUGAGAUACACACGGGCCGACUGCUGGUUGGUACUUUUGUGGCUCUCUUUUUCAACUUAUUUACAAUGCUUUCCAUUAGGAAUAAGCCUUUUGCUUAUGUCUCUGAAGCUGCCAGCACAAGUUGGCUUCAGGAGCAUGUUGCAGAUCUUAGUAGAAGUAUUUGUGGAAUCAUCCCAGGAUUGAGUAGCAUAUUUCUGCCACGAAUGAACCCUUUUGUAUUGAUUGAUAUUGCUGGAGCUCUAGCUCUUUGCAUUACAUACAUGCUCAUUGAAAUCAACAACUAUUUCGCUGUAGACACAGCUUCUGCUGUAGCAAUUGCUUUGAUGACAUUUGGUACCAUGUAUCCCAUGAGUGUCUACAGUGGGAAAGUACUACUCCAGACGACUCCACCUCAUGUGAUUGGCCAGUUAGAUAAACUUCUUAGAGAGGUUUCAACUUUGGAUGGUGUCUUGGAAGUUCGAAAUGAGCAUUUCUGGACAUUAGGUUUUGGCACUUUGGCUGGAUCAGUACACGUCCGAAUUCGGAGAGAUGCAAAUGAACAAAUGGUACUCGCCCACGUCACCAACAGAUUAUACACAUUGGUCUCUACAUUGACUGUUCAGAUUUUCAAAGAUGACUGGAUCAGACCUACCUUAUCAUCUGUGCCUAUUGCCAACAAUAUUCUGAACCUUUCGGAUCAUCAUAUUAUUCCAAUGCCACCUUUGAAAGCUGCUGAGAAUUCGAACCUUGUUACAUCCACUCCAGCUAAGCCCAGCAGCCCACCACCAGAAUUUUCUUUUGAUACACCAGGCAAAAACGUGAGUCCAGUCAUCCUGUUGAACACUCAGACAAGGCCCCAUGGAUUGGGCCUCAGCCACGGAUCCGCGCCCUACAGCAGUGUACUCACUCAAGGAUUUGGAAUACCGGGAACGGGAGCAACUCAAGGAUUCAGAACUGGUUUUACAGAUGUCCCAAGCAGAUAUGGAACAAACACUCGUGGGCAACCCCGACCAUAAUAAACACCGUUAUUUAUUGUACUUAAGGGUAUUGACUUAAUUCUUUUAUUACCCAAUUUUUAUAAACAUUUGGAAUGUCAGAUCAUUCUAAAUGGCUGGGAACAAGUGCAUUGUUCAUAUUCAUAAAAUGGUUCAUUUCCAUUUUUUUUCUUUGCAUCAGCAGUAGCCUGUGUAAUGCCACAAAUAUUUUCCAGACUUGUAAUACUUUACAGGUGGUUUUUAUAGUGUCUGUUUCUAUUCAGCUUUUUAUUCACUUUUCUUUAUUUUCCCAGGUGGUGUUGAGAUAUAUAUAGCACAACUCCAUAAAAGAGUAAAAUUGUGACCAGGUAGCAUUUUUUUUUCUGAUGAGAAUUUCUUACUGAAUGCAGAAUAACCGAGAAAAUAGGAAAUUGCAGAAAUACACGUCCCAGUUUUUGAGAGAUGUUUUGAUUGCUGUAUUAAGCCACUUUUUGGCAAAGUCACAAUUAGGUUUUGGUUGCAAAAAUCCAUCAGUAUUCGUAUUGUGACCAUUGUGAAGACAAUCUGACAUUUCAGAUUCUAAUUAAUUUUGUGAGACCAUAUUUUUACAUUUUUAUUGAUGCUUUUAUAGAAGUUCAGAUGGUUCAGCAACCAUUUUCUAGUUGUUAGUAUUCCAUAUUCUCUGGUGUUUCUUCCUUUUUGGUUUAACUGCAAAAUUAUUUAGCAAUAUACUGGGAAAUAAAAUAUUUCAAACUUAAGAUUUUAAAAGCACCUCUUUUUUAUGAUUAACCCUAUUUAAGAUACAGAGCAGAUGGCUGUAUUGUUUCUGAAGCCAGUAUUUCAUUUUUGACUAUGGAAAGUAUUCUCUCAUUCGAUUGUGACUUUGUAUUUUUCCUCUUUGUAUUUUUUCUGUAGUUUCAAAAGAAGAAUACCUAUUUAUAUACCCGGAGUACAGAUCAGUGGUCACUGACAGUUCUUGAAGUCAUUGCUAGUGCUUCACUUUUGGGGCACACUUGCAACGAAACUGCCUAACUUGUCCCUGCUUUUGCACCUGCUGUACAUCUAGAAGGCCGUAUUUCUUCAGGGCCUUUCUCGGAGAGCUCUUCCCUCUGCCUGCUGUCUGUUUCUUCACUGCUCUGAGAACAGGGAAAGGCCUUUUAGAAAUACUUCUUUAUUUUCUUGUUCUCCUGUGCAGUAUGUGUCUUUUGAUUCCCUGGCCAAUACCUUCUUUGCACUUUCUUCUGCAUCUCUUGGCUGUUAAGGAAGGGGUUGCCCAUUCCUAUUGUUUCACUUGCAACUCAGGGUGCUAUAUAUUGGCUUCCACCUUGUUAAUCUGUAUACUGAGUAAGUGUCUCCAUUUGUCCAAGGGGGUUACAUGGAGCUGUAGUAUCUCAGGGACUCCAAAGAUAUUAAUAUUACCUGAAGAUAAUGGGUAUGAUAGAGAAAUCUUUCUCUUGUAUGUCUGAGUUGAGAAAAAACAGCCUUCAUUUGGAUUUUCAAGAUCUGUGGUGUUUUCACACUGGCUGAGGAUUUCUUUUUCUGCAUAAGGACAUUGUUUUCCUCUUCUUUGUUUUUAAUUUCCCCCCUCCACUGCCUGUGUUUCUCACUCCAACGCAUGGAGGAGGGCAGCACUCUUGCAAACGAAGCAUGAAGGUGUCUUGCUGGGAUGUUUUAGGCUGAGGUUAGUGUCCAGACUGCCACUGGUGUACAGUCCAUCUAAGCUACAAGUAGGGAAUCUAGUUGUGUACUUCAUUUGCAGCAAGGGUAACAGUUCCGUUGCUGCAUUAGAAAAUGGAAUGCUGUGGAAAAUUUGCAUUUAAAGAUUGCAAUGAACUUGUAACAAUGGGCUACAUUUCAUUCAGGUCAGUAUUAGCUCAGUAAUCACCUUUAUUUUCAUUACUCCGUCCUUAUGUGUGGUCUAUUACACGUGCCGUUGCUGCAUGGGAAUUCGCUGAAGUACAGAACACUUGAACGGAUUCUCUGUGCUUCUUGCGUGCUGAACUAGACUGCACUCUGCAGCAUCUGCAACACCUUAGAGCCAGCACAAUGUUUACAAUAUACUACUCCUGUGUGGCCUAUUUGAGAAUUGUUCCUUACUCCAGUUUCAUAACCAAACACUUGCCCUUUUUCUGACAUUUUAAAUACAUUGUAUUAUAUUGAUUGCAUGCCUACUUGUUUUCAGUAGAAAAUUAAAGCUCCAUUUUAUUAAAAAAUGAAGCUGAUCUCUGAUUUAAAAAAAAAGAAGGGAGAAGGAGAAUCCCAGAAUUCUGAGUGCAAUAUCCUCACUUUAACAAAGUUAUUUUUGGAGUGAUUGUUUACAAUAUAUAUCAUAUAUGCAGAUGAUCAAGAUUCUUGUAGAGAUUGAAACAGCUUUUUAGCUGCUUUGUUGUGAAUAUAUUAAGAAUAUUUGCUAAAUCAGCACAGAGUAAAAUGUCUUCUUUUAUAUGAGGAAAAUAAAAUCAGUGUCAUGCUUAAAUGACAAGGAAAAA